AUGGAAGGAGUUGAUCGUCGCUGCCACCCUGCAACUCAGGCAGGUGCGGAGGAAUCUGGAAACAGCCAGCUCCGCGAAAAUCAAGGCAGUGCAACCGUCGCCAGCUGGUCACCAGGAGGCUGCCAGCGGGCGAACAAGCCCCCAACCGCUAAUCAUGCCCAGACGGUCUGGCCCAGGGGCGCCAAGAAUAUACGUACCGCUUUAGGUGGCAUAAUCUCUGGCGCCAAUAUUUCUUCUGCUGCAAACCAAGCGUGCGUGCGUGCCAGCGGAACCGAGAGGCAGACAGACGAAGACGCAUUUGGCUGGAUCCGCUAA